AUGGACGUAGUAGUGGUCAUCCCCCAGGGGAAACACAGUUAUUGUUUGGCGAACCUAGCCUCGAGCUCCUCCUCUCCAAGAAAUGUACUACAAGAAAUUAUAUGGAUAGGCGAAGGACAGAUGAAGAUUAACGAAUUCAUUAUUUACUUUAAAGGAACAGAUAAAAGACAUCAUUUUGGGACAGGUUUUGCGGUCCAUAAGAACUAUGAAUCUUGUGUAAGUGAAUUUAACUCAAUAUUCGAAAGAAUCUGUACAAUACGAUUAAGAACUAAGCUUAAAGAAAUAUGUCUAAUUAAUAUACAUGCACCAACAAAAAACAGUGAUGAAAGAGAUAAAGAUGAAUUCUAUGAUGAAGUUACCAGAAUUUCCGACAGACUACCCGGAAGCGUAAUAAAAAUCGUACUAGGAGACAUAAAUGCUAAAAUAUGGAAGGAACUAAUGUUUGUGCCCACUAUUGGAUUAGAAAGUGUCUACGAGGGGAGCAAUGAUAAUGGUCAGAGAAUAAUUUCAUUUGCAGCAUCUAUAAAUUUGGUGGUCAGCAGCACGACUUAA